UCAGUGCUUCUGAUGCAACCCCCUUUGUUGUUUUCUGCAGUUCUUACUCACAGUCCGUUCGGAGCAGCAGUCCGUUAGUCGAUAAUCUUUGCAACCAGUUUCUGAAGGUCUAAAUAUCAAGUUCUCAGAAGUUCUUUUGCCUCCAUUUGUCUUCCACAAUGAGUGACAUUAGCAAACUUGAGACUCAAGAACUGCUUACUUGUCUUCACGUACAACUUUUCCACCCAAAUCAAGCCAACCGUCCACUCUUCCACAACCUGCCCUUGAACGAACCAUACGAAAUGGACGCUGAAGAUCCACUCAGGCUUGGCCGUGAUGGAGAAACCUGCCCAUUUGUGCUAAAUGACACCACUGUCUCCAGAAAACAGCUCUCGGUACAGGCGUAUAGAAAACCCAACAGCCCGUUCUUAAGCUUCACCAUCCAGAACUUGAGUCAGAAGGUCAAUCUGAUGGUCGGCGGCUCUGAACUGAAACACCUUGAAAGAGCAGAGCUUAAUGACAAGGUGCUCCUCCGUUUCGGACGAUACGAGCUGCUGAUCUGGCAGGAGCCUGGAGAUUCCAAGAAUAAAUUCGAAAUUCUGUUUGAAACAUGCAAUACUUCCCCUUCACAGGAAAUGGGUAUCGGUGUGCCAUGCAGGCAGCCUGUGAUGGAUUCUGGCUUACCUUGGAGAAACAUUGAGAAUGAAGGACCUACAAGCCAAGAGCCUCUGGAGUCUGAUGAGACUAUUUUCGUGGUAUAGAUACCGUUCUUUUUCAAAGAUUAUCAUAAUGUGUUUUAAAAGAAAAUACCGUCUCUGAAUUCUGAAGACUUUGAAUUUCACGAUUUCAAGUUUAAUGUUACCAGCCAUUUCCAUGCAGUUAUUUGUGGCAUUACUAUGAGUUACACUCCAAUUUAAUUUUGAGUGUAUUUUGAAGCUUACUCUGCCCGGCAGCAGAGGUCGGCCACACUAUAAAUUGUAUAUUAUUACAAUUAUUAUUAUCGUUGAAGCUAUUACCGUAUAAUUAAAUAGUCAUAGGUAGGGCCAGACGGAAUCUGCGGAUGUUUUUUGCUAUUUCUGCAAAUAAUUUUGCUAAAAAUCUGCGGAUUUCAGCUGAAUUAUUUUGGGAGUGUCAUAACUAAAACCUUAAUAUAUGAAAUAAAAAUAACACCUUUUUAACUUUAAUUUAAUGUUUAAAAUGCAAAUCCAAUUAGAUUCACUUUAUUUGGUAAACAAAGCAAGUCACUCAUAUAAUAUAUCUACUAAAAGACAGAAAAUAUUACUGUACAAACUGCAUUGUAAAUAAAUCAGAUGAACAUUUUCAUAUUAGUCAAUAAUAUUACUGUAAUUCAUUUUAAAACAGAUUAAAUAUAACUGUACACACAUUUACUCAAGUAAAUAAACAGAAUUAAUGAUGGGCUAGAAAUCUGCAGAAUUCUGCGCGCGCAGAUUCCGUGUGGGCCUAGUCAUAGGAUACUAAAAUGCUGCUUCAGCUUGUGUUGUAAGACAUAUUACAAAGAUUGUUAUCAUUUCCACUGGAAUGCAGUGUUUUUGUCUUUACUGUGUCAUUGUUUUCCUUCAUUUGCAGAUAUUUUAAGUUCUACUUUAUUUUAUUGUGAAUUUGUCAUACAUUUGCUCACAAGCAUUGUGUUUUCUCUCCAUUAUUGUUCAAUGCAUCUG